AUGCAUGAGCUUCGCGCCCCAGAUGCUCCGGCACUUCCAGACGAGCCGGCAGAGGCCUUGGUAGAUGAGGCGAAGGUGGAGAUUGAAGACACCAAGUCCGAGUCGAGCUGGUACGACCCCGACCUCUACGGCUCAGAGUCGGAGCCAGAAAAGGAGGAGGAGCAGAAGCCGGUCGUCCGCAAGAAAGACUUGCCUCCCGACUUCACGGCCCUCAAGGCGUUUGACGAGCACGUCACGUCCGUGGUCGACCUGCUCUCCUACAGCCCGGAGGCUUUCGGCGCCAAGAGUGCGCACAGCAAGACGGGGACCAUCCUCAGGAUCCCGCACACUGCUGAGGGUGUCUCCCUGGUGGGCCAGGCGGGCCCCAUGGAUGAGCGUGAUCGGCGUAUGUCCGAGGAGUUCAUGUCUUGGGUUCUGUCUCGCCGGCUUAGUGCCUUCUACGAGGUGGAAGGACAGGGCAUCCUCGAGCUGCAGCCCAAGGGCCCUGAGGUGGGUCUGCCCAUGCGGCUUCUUCUGAGAGCUGGGACGAUGAUCUUCUUCCGGCAUGACCAGAUGAACUACAGGUAUAUCCCAGACCACGAUGACUGCUUGGUCUUGCAGACCUGGCUCAUGGACAAGGCUGAGCCGCUGCAGUUCCGCCAGCUGCCCAAGUGCCCAGGCGAGCAGGGCUGUGACCGCGUGCACGUGAAGUCGAUGACCGAGCGCUUCCCUGCCGGGGCCGAGAACUGCGACAUGAGCUUCGCGCCCCUUGGGUGCAUCGUUGAUGAAUUCGACAACGGCUUCAACGGCCACAACGACUACGACAACAUGGAGCACGUCAACGGUGAGGCCGCUGUGGUGCUGGAGGAGGAGAGGGAGCUCAGCUUUGGGGACUGGCUACAGGACCCAGUGAUCUUGAUGAGCUUGACGAUGGUAGUUUGCUGCUUCAAGUGCCGCUGCUGCAAGAGCUUGCUCGCGCAGAAGUCGAUGCGGUGUUUUGAGGAGCUUACGGCCGUGGACAGCGUCGUCAACGCGCUCUUCUGGAACUUUCUCAUCUACCAAACAGCCUACUACUCUUCUGCUGGGUUGGUGCUUCUCGUCCUGGGACUCGGUUUCCUCAAGAGCCUCUUUCUCUUGACCCUGCUGGGAGCGAACGUAGUGGGACCAGAUGAACGAAUGACACAGCCAACAGUCUAUACUCAGGGGUCGAUCCUUCGUUGCAUCAUGGUCUGCACGGCUCAAGUCAUACUGUUCGGAUGCGUCAUCGUGAAGGUAUGGACAAGAGACCUCGAGACACACCGGAUCAUGGACCGCAGUGAGGUCGAAUGGAUGGGAGAUCCUGAGCAAGUCGAGGAGGUGGUGAGGUUUCGCUACUUCUUACUUGGUGCAUUCAUCAGUUGUGCUACGCAGCAUCAGACAAACAGCUUCAUCACGAAUGAGUAUUACUUGUUCUGGCUUCCUAUCUUCUCCAGAAAAGCUCCAUGUCGGUUCGGACCAUGUGAGAAGUGGUUCCGCUUCGGGCUUUCCUGGCUGGCAAAUUCAGUCUUGGCUAAAACAGUCAUCACUCUGAUGCCGUUAGUCUUAAUGGAUUCGUCCGACCCCAUGGAGUUCGCCAAGGACAUGACGUGUACGCUCUUCAUUGCUGAGCUGGAUAACAUACUUGAGACCUCCGGCAUCACGUCCCAUGGAGGUUGGCACAACGACGACGACGACAAAGGCAGCGUGUAG